CAACAGUUAUCAUCCUAGAACGCCAGCUUACUCGUCCUCUUCGUCCUCCUCGGGCAAGCAGCAGCAACAGCAGCGCAAGUGGAGCGACAGCGCGCUGAGGGCUCUUCAACCGCCUGCCCCGUGGCCAUCAUGGUACUUUCAUCCAGAAUCACCAUUCCACUCGUUGUAUGGAAAUCAUGCUUUCAACUGCAACAAUACUGAGUUUCCGGCAUUGACAAGGCCACAAUUAGAUUUGAAGAGAUUCGAAUCAAUACCGGAACGACCUAAUAAAGUUCAUGGUCAAAUACCAACCAUAUGUACGUCGAUCAGAUGUACCGUCACUGGCUGCACUUGCGAAUCCUUCACGCCAGGAAAGCGCCAUCUUCGCUGCUGCCAAAACUGUCAUCACGGAUGGGUGCCACACGCUCUCGCGCGACUGUCGCGCAACUGCGGUGGGGAUGUCGCCUUGGGUAGGGAGCAUCGCAGCGCUGGCGGUGGCUGCGGCGGGGGCGAGACGACUGGAAGCAGCGACCGAGGUGGUGGGGAGUCGCAGCAGCAGCAGCAGCAGCAGCGGCAGCGGCAGCGCCAGCAGCAGCAGCAGCAGCAGCAGCAGUCUCGGCAGAAGGAGGAGAGGCCACCGGCUUCAGAGACUCUCGAGCCGACGGUCGCGUUCGACGUCGCCUCUCUCGUGCUCUACGGCUCGCGCGCGCUACCCAUUAGGCUCAAGAUACUUCUCGAUCAGUUGCUCACUCAGCUGCCGCACGAUCAGCUCGCCAAGCUGCUCGCCGCUUUCGGCUGGACCAACGACGACUUCGCUCGGGGCUACAUUCUGCAGGACUCGCAAAACGGCCCGGUGCUGGACCGAUGGAGCAUCUGCUCGGCUGAGGAGGAACCGCUGGUACUACAGCAGUUCCUCAGGUUCGCCGAGACGCGUCCGUUCGUGCAGCAGCUGCUGCUCGCCGCUGGCGGCGGCGGUGCAACCAGCAGCACCACAACGGUCGCCACAAGCUCCGCUAAUCAGCAGCAGCAUCAUCAUCAUCAUCAUCAUCAUCAUCAUCACUCGGCCCCAUCGCCCACGGAUGUUAUGUCACCGAGCCGGCGACCCUCGCCCCCGACGAUGCCUUUAGCUCAUCUGCCGCCACCGCUACACCUGCUGCACUGCGGCCUCGCGCCACCGACUGCAUCCAGGCUGCCCCAUCCCCUGGCGCCGCCACCCCCGCAACUCUCGCCCCAGUCGGCUCAGCAGCAGCAACAGCAUCAGCAGCAACAGCAGCAGCAGCAGCAGCAGCAGCAGCAGCAGCAGCAGCAACAGCAGCAACAGCAGCAAAAGAGCUACAGAGCGAGUUCACCACCUAGAUCCCCGCUCGAUUCGAGCUUUGGCUCGCCACUGAACCGGCUGCAGAGCAUGCAGCCCUUCGACUUUCGCAAACUCGGCACCCUGGGUCUGCCGGCCUUCCCACCGAUAGCGCCGCCGCCGCCACUGCCGCCGCCGCCUCCGUCCAGCAAGUCGUCCGCGUCGUCGAUGAGGCUGCCGAGUCCGGCGCCUCCGGUGGCGCCCGUCUCGUCCUCGUCCUUGGCGGGCUUCGGCCAUCACCCGCUGGUUUCCUCCUCGCUGCCGCCGAGCUUCCACGGGCACUAUCCGCCGUCGAUAAUGAGCAAGGCGGCGAGCAUGGGCAUGCUCGGGGCGAGCGUGGACGCGCCACCGUCCUCCGCGAUCAAUCACGACAAGAGCAGCGACUUCGGCUCCGACUCGGACGACCACGAGGACGAGAACUCCGGCAGCGCGCUGAAUCUGAGCCGGAGAGACGGGAGCUGCGCGGCUAAACCGCACGGCAACUCGGUCACCGGGACGACCGAGGCGCAGCAGCACCGACACUCGUCGUCGUCCGCGUCGCUGUCCUCGCUGCAGCACGGGGGCCCGCUGGCCAGAGCCCCGGGCGUGCCAGGCAGAAAGCCGAACUCGCCGGGAAAGCGGCAGCAGUGGGGCGCGUCGCCCAACAUCCCGCCGAACUUGGGCACGCCGUUCAUAAACCCGGCGACGGGCAAGAAGCGCGUGCAGUGCAACGUCUGCCUGAAGACCUUCUGCGACAAGGGGGCGCUCAAGAUCCACUUCAGCGCGGUGCACCUGCGCGAGAUGCACCAGUGCACCGUCAAGGGAUGCAGCAUGAUGUUCAGCUCGCGGCGCUCGCGCAACCGCCACAGCGCGAACCCCAACCCCAAGCUCCACUCGCCGCACCUCAGGCGCAAGAUAUCGCCGCACGACGGCCGCUCGUCCAUGGCCCACGCGCUGGUGCUGCCGCCGCAGGCGGCCGGCCCCGGCCUGCCAUUGCCGCCCAGCGGCUUGAACCACCUACCCUUCGGCUCGUUCCCUCUUCUCACGCCACCGCCGGAUCUGCGCUCGCCCGCCUCGCUGUGCGCGCUGGACUUCAAACACCUGGACCUCGCCUCGUCCCAGAGCUCGGCGCGGUCCUACGAGGAGGCCCUGGUUCACCAGCAGAGACUGGCCACGUCGACGGCCGGCGCAACGACGACGAACCUGCCUGCGUCCACCUCCUCGGCCGCGCUGCCGGCCAGGACGUCGAGCGGGUCCAACGCCUCCGUGGUGUCGCCGAUGUCGCAGAGUCGAGACGACAUCGACGACGACGACGAGGACGAGGACGACGACGGGGGAAUCGUGGUGGUCGGCGACGACGACGGAUACUUGCCGGCGAGGCUGGCGAGCCUGAGGGGCGACGUCGACGAGCCGGCGGACUUCAGCUUGGCCAAGCGACCGAAGCUGCAGCUCAGCGACCACGAGGAUCUGAUGAGCAAUGCCGACAGCAACGAGGACAACGAUUCGGUCGAGCAGCAGCCCUCGUUCGCGAUCAACGCUCACUCGCUGAGCUCGGCCUUGCACAGCCGCGGCGUGCGGAAGCGCAAAUCCCAACACCCGACCAGAUGCGCGAUGCCCACGGAAGUGCACUCCUCGUCUACCGACGGCGACUCGUCGAACGACGCGCUUUUCCAAGACCAGCCCGAAGACAUGUCGAUGUCGCGGCUCGAGGCCGAGAAGCGCAAGAGGUCGCCGUCGCCGGCGAUCGCGCAAAGCGACUGCGGCUCGAGGUCGCCCGACUCGCACAAAGACAAAGAGUCGACGGAGCCGGAGAGCAAGGAAGAGGCCGGCGCCGACGAGCCGAGAGAUUUGAGCUCGCGCGCGAGCAGCGCCAAGAGCGUCGCGAGUCCGGAACCGACGAAACAGCCUGAGGCCGAGCAAGAGACGCAAAGGCCCAAGGACUCGAGUGGCGACGAAGCCGAAGCGUCGGCGGCCACGACGACGACGACGGCGGCGACGGCGGCGGUGGUGGCGGCGGCUGCGGUGGCGGCGGCGACGUCGACCACGACGACGAAAGCCGCCGGCAGCAGCGCGGAGGCCGCCGAGGAAAGACGCCUGUCCCCGGUGGCGGAGAUGCCGCGCGAGCAGUCACCGGCGCGCAGCCAAGAAGGUGAGCCCACCGGCCCGACUGGCACCGCCGCGCGGCUGCGCGACCCACUAGCACCACUAUCCACCCGCGACUCCUCGAAUGCUUUGCGUCAACUCGAGUCCUUGUCGCAGGGUCGCAGCGGCAGCAACAUCAGCGCCGAGGCAGCCAUCAUCAGCAGCCGCACGGAGGAAUCGGAGCGGGCCACUUCGACAUGUGGCCCACGCUCUACCAGCCCGGACAGCAGCAGCAUCAGCAGCCUGGACAACUGCUCUCGUGGCUCUCGCUCAUCCAGCGCCUCGCCCUCCACAGCGGCCACGGAUACGGACAGUAGCCAUCUGAUGACUUACGCGCGCUACGAGAACGGCGGCUUCGUUGGCCAACAGGAGGUGCCGCUCGACCGCGACAAUCCGCGCAAGUGCACCGCCUGCGGCAAACUCUUCCAGAAUCAUUUCGGCGUCAAGACCCACUACCAGAACGUGCACCUCAAGCUCAUGCACCGAUGUAGCGUCGAGGGCUGCAACGCCGCCUUCCCCUCCAAGCGCUCGCGCGAUCGCCACUCGGCCAAUCUCAACCUGCACCGCAAGCUGCUGUCCACCUCGUCAAGCCCGCCGCCGCCGCCGUCCGCGCCCAGAGACGCGCCCAUACCAGCGCUCUCGCAGCUCAAUCCGAUGCUCGCCCAUAGCGAGUUUUUCGCCAGGCUCUACGCCGACGCGGGCAUCUACCGGCCGAUGGAGCUCGCGGCUCACGUAACACCUCCGCAUCCGCUUCUCCUGCCCGCAGCUUUCCCGGCGGCGUUCGCCACUCGCUUGGCCGGGCUCAACGGAUUGGGAGCGCGUCCGUGUCCGUUCAAGUCCGACUCGCCGAGCGGCGGUGGCGGCGGCGGCGGUGGCGGCGGCGGCGGCGGCGGCGUCGACGACGACAAGGAGCGGUUCGUGGCCAAGUGCACGGUGCCGGGCUGCGAGCGCGUAUUCGCCUCUCGAGCUGUGAGGGAUGCCCACGCCCGCGACCCCCAAGCUCAUCGCGAGGUGGCCUCGUGAGGUCAGCGCCACUUGUACGACUACUACGAUAAUCCUCUGCUGUGAUGCCAAAACUACGAGCGUUAGAUAUGUAUCCGUGUGCAAUACAGAGGACAACUAACUCUUCUUCGUUAUUGUACGCCGUGUGCGUGCGCGUGUAUGUGUGGCUGUGUGCGUGUGAUUGCGCGAGAGUGAUAGGCGCGAUGUGUGAUUGUGGACUUGUGUACUCCAGAGCAGCGCGACUUUGUACUAUAUACCUCCUUGGCACUCAACUUACGUAACUGUUUGUAUAAAACGAGCGUGCGCAUGCUGUAACAUAAACGACGCAUGAUAACCUCGGCUAGAUAAUGUUCUCGUCCUCGUAGAUUGUCCGUCUGUCUGUCCGUGUCUGUCUGUUUCAUAUGUGAUGUGUUCGCGGCUCUCCUUCGUACAUUGUACGUACGCGAUAUAUUGUCACGCUUGAUGCGCGCUUU